GUGACCGCCACAAGCUUCGAGACUGCGACAUCAACCGUCACGAGUGUGGCCGAGAUCACUUCCGUAGCCACGACAUGCACUAUUGGAACCACAGCACCAACGCUUGUACAAUACUAUGCGUCCUGUACUGAAAGUGUCUGGUCGUCUGCAGGACAAUACUGGCAGCAGCACUGUUCCGCAUCGCUCGUUGGAGGUAGCACUAUCCGCGCCUACGCCUAUCAAGCUGCACUAUACAACUUUCCAGUCAGUGUUUGUGCCGCUCUGAACAGUCUCAACAACCCUGCAUCCAGGUGUGCGGGAAUAAAUGUCAGAAGCAUCGGGGGUCUUGCACAGUACUUCCUAGUAAAUGGAGAUGUAUCCUUCACUACCACGACAGACGUGUACACCGACAGAGCUAUCGCUGUUUACACGACCAACCCAUGCGAGGUCACUACGACAGCCACCACGACCGAUUUUUACCCCGUUGCUGAAACGUCAGCCGUUGUCUACACCUCAACAUACGAGGUCACCUAUCUGGAGACUAUCACUGUUUCAGUCCCGGACACAUCGAGCUCCACGACCACGAGCACUUCUUCUUCUUCAUCUUCUGUGAUUCUGUUCAACACUACAGAUAGUGCAGCUGCCACUACUGUCAUUCAUCCUUUAUCUAAUGCUACAUCCACCUUGUCACUCGUUCCAGCCUCGAACACGACCACAAGCUCGAUCAUCUUGUCAACAUCUAACACCUCUCUAAAUGCUACGACUCGGAGUCUUGUGCCCAUCGCCGUCAAUGCCACGACCACAAGCUCGAUUGUUCUGUCAACACCUAGGAUUUUGCUGAAUGUCACGACUCAAACUGUCGUACCCGUUGCCAUCAAUGCCAGCAACAUCACCGCGCCAAUCAAUGUCUUGCCUGUGAGCAACGUCACAAUCAUUAAUACGUCGUCGAAUCACACAAGCGCUAGACCUUCA